GACACAUCAACACGCAGCUCGGUGAGAGAUGAGCUAAUACACUGCAACUCUGCAAGAGCGAGAAGAUAAAACUUUACUAACAGGUCCAAACCGACUUUUCAGGCAAUAGUUUAAAAACUGUGAUAGGGGGGAUUAUUUCUGAAAGUUUAAUUUUAAUUUUUGAUUUUCACUUUAGUUUAAAGGAAGGCUUUAGUGGAGCGGAGUCCGCUGAUCUGACAUGUGUCAAUACUGACCAAACUCCCUUUAAAAUUAUCCCCGGUUUGUUUUUACCCCUGAUACCGCAGCUUUUAAGGCUUCUUGUGGAUUUCAAAGAUGGAUGAAGAGGGUAAGUAUUGUGAGGUUAAAUUUUUCGGCUGACUUUUAAUGUUAAUCCGAGCUCAAAUGAAGCUGAUUUCUCUGUUUCUGCUGCUCAGAGCUGGUGGAGUAUUUCAGGACUCAGAUGAGGAAAGACCCAGACAUGGCUUCAGCUGUGGCUGCUAUCCGGACUCUGCUGGAGUUUCUGAAGAGGGACAAAGGUGGGUUUAUUCUCAGUACAUUUUUCAUUUCCAAUCACAUGAGUGAGAGAUACCUGGUUUCAUCUGCACCAAAAGAUGAAAAAAAAAAGAUAUCUGGUCCCUGUCUCUCCAGGUGAGACCAUCCUGGGCCUGAGGGAGAGCCUGAAGUGGGCCACAGACUGCCUGACAAAAGUGGACUCUUCAGUGGCUGUGUCCUCAGGAGGAGAGCUCUUCCUGCGCUUCAUCAGUCUCACCUCUUUGGAGCACCAGGUGGGCUGCCUACCUGAGACCACCAUCAACACAAACAUGCAGACAGUCCACAACUAGGGCUGGGCGAUAAAAUGAUAACCACAUAUAUCGAAAAUUAAUUUGUUUCAAUAUCAAUAUAAAACAUGGACAUUAUGCUUUUCGAUAGUCUGCAUUCUGCCAUGUUGUGGUAGACCAUACACAUGGCCAAUGAAAAGGGGAGUUUCUUCGGGUCCAUUCCGCGCUGAACCAAGUAGCAAACAACUGCGUAGUAGCAGGCUACAGCUACACGCAACCUUAGCACUUUAACAGGUGAAGCCGACAGCACAGGAGCAGUGCCAUGCGGCAGAGCACGCGCAAUGCAAAAGGUUACAAACCCGGAGCAGAGCAAGGAGCCCAUGGCGCCUGUACAGCCAAAACAGCCGACCAUUCAGUCAGCUUUCUCCACACACAAAGACCUCACAGAUGCAGCAGCUUAUUGUAUUGCAAAAAACAUGCUACCAGUAAGCACUGUUAAUCAUCAUUUUUUAUAUUGUGAUAUAUAUCGAUAUCGACUGAUAUGAAAAAAUAUAUUGUGAUAAACUUUUUCCCAUAUCGCCCAGCCCUAUCCACAACAUAACAGAAACGGCUGAUAUGCAAGAGUCAUUUUUACAUGUCACAGCUGGAGCUCUGAGCCAACAGGAGAACUAUUUCAAAGCUUUUUUCCCUCUGUCUGCAGGAUCUCUCUCGCUGUAAGAAAGUGAUGGAGGAGAGAGGAGAACUGUUUUUGGAGAAGAUCUCGCUGUCCAGGACCAAAGUGGCGAAGCUCUGUCACACUUUCAUCAAAGACGGAGCCGUAAGUAUAAAUGAUGUGAUGCAGCUAAAGAUUUAAAGACUCCUCUCCAAUAAUGUAGUCAUUAUUUUCAACAUGUACUGUCCUAAAAUAUAUUUUUUUCCUGGAUUUAUCAGGGGAAUGCAGCUUAAAUCAAUCCUAAUGAGACUUUCAAUAGAAACCUGACAAAAACACAAACUUAGUUUAUUAUGAGCUGCUGUGAUUGUUACUGAUGGCGGUUCUAAGAGCACACUAAACUCUCAUUAUUCAGCCUUUCAGCUCUGUCACCAUCUGGGUCUCUCCCUCCUUCAGAAAAUCCUGACUCACUCGUACUCCAGGGUGGUCCUCAGGGUGCUGGAGAAAGCUGCAGCCGAGAAGAAACGUUUCUCUGUCUAUGUCACUGAAUCGCAGCCUGACGCCGCUGGGUGAGUGUCACUAAACUGUGUCUGAGUUUUAUUCUGAAAGGACACACAGUCAGUGAAUUGUCCUUUCUUUAUUCAGGCGACAGAUGGCCGACGCUCUAAGGAAACUCAAUGUCCCUGUGACUGUAGUUUUGGACGCAGCUGUGGGGUAAAAGCAUCGAUUAUAAAAUCAUUCUAAGUCGAUAUGAGCACUUAUCUUUAUUAUGAUAUUUUGGUUCUUUUUUGUCUCAGGUACGUGCUGGAAAAAGUAGAUUUGGUGAUUGUUGGAGCAGAAGGAGUCGUAGAGAGCGGAGGAAUCAUCAACAAGGUGAAUGUCAAAAUCACAAGACAAAUUUGUUGCAUUUAUUAUUAGAAAAUGAGACUUUUUGACUCAAAAGUGACACAAAAUGUCUUUUUUUUUCUUCUGAGGAUUUUGCACUUUGCAAAAACACUUUUCUCUACAGUCAGUUUUUCUUAUUUAUACAAGAAAAAAAGAAAAGAAAAACAGUAAAAUUCUACCCAAGUUCAUACUUUCUUUCGCCUUCUACUAUCAAAAAUAAAACAGAUCUAAAUAUGUCUCCUUUCUCUCUCACAGAUUGGUACAUAUCAGACGGCUGUGUGCUCCAAAGCUCACAACAAACCAUUCUAUGUGGUGGCAGAGAGUUUCAAGUUCGUCCGUCUUUAUCCGCUCAACCAGCAGGACGUGCCAGACAAAUUUAAGGUACAAUACCAGAAAAUUUGGGGUCCAAAAAUCUGAAUUUCUACAUUUUUGAAGUAUGUGUUUUUAACAGAUCUUUUCUUUCUUAUCUGCAGUAUAAAGCAGACACUCUGAAGACUGUUCAGAACCUCUCAGAGGAGCACCCCAUGAUCGACUACACGCCUCCCUCCCUCAUCACCCUUCUCUUCACUGACCUGGGAGUCCUCACACCGUCAGCCGUCAGUGACGAACUCAUCAAGCUUUAUUUAUAAAAACUAACCGUGCCUCAAAACUCUCAAUAAAAACAUCAAAAGUUCAAACACUUUCAAA